AUGCUCGUGAAGCUCACGUUGCCAACGGAUACCGGGAUUCCCAAAGGUGUUUCCGCGCACGUCUACUACUCCGGAACAUUUCCGUAUGCUAGAUACGAUCAGGCAUCUGUCUUCUGGAAAGAUGUAGAGGACAUUGCCGAGCAUGAGAUAUGGGCGAUGCGAGAAGCCGUCAUACUUCCGUCCGAUGUAAUGGGUCAAGCUAGAGCUGCGCAGUUGCCGAAUUGA